UAUUAUUUACCUACAUAUAUACAUAUUGCAUAUCUUAUGAUGAAGUGUAUAUUUAAAUAGAAGUAAUAAUAAUAACACAAAGUUUUAAAAAUAUAUGAAUUCACUUAUUCAACUAACUAUUGUGCCGAUUAUAUAUACACGUCUAUAACCAACAAAUUUUAAACUUAUAUUAUAUAAUUGUUGCAUUAAUAAUUAACAUACUUGUUUGUAUAUACGUUUAUAAUGAAAGUGAUGAACUAUUAUAUAAUAUGAAAAGAGAAAAAACUCUAUUAAAUUAAAUUUAAAUUUGAAUUACAGCUGUCAAAUUCUGAUAUUUUGUAUUAUCUGUAUAUAAGUAUAUACAUAUACAUGUAUAUACAAGUUGGCGGUACCAACGGUUACAUGCUACUAACAAUUUUUAAUCCCUAUAAAUGUAUUUUUCUACUAACAUAAAUAAAAUACUUCAAAAUGUUACACUCACAUGCAAGCAAAUGAAAAAUAUUAUUGUAAACAACACCAACACAAUAUAAAGAAAAAGUAUUUUAUUGAUAAAUAUAUAUAUAUAUAUAUACAUAUGUAUAAAUAUAUGUAUAUUCAUAUGUAUAUUUAUUUAGACAAAGAGCGGCAAAACCAAAUGAUGCAACUAUAAAGUAUCAAAUACUAAUCAAUUAACAAAAAACUAUAAAUCACACAUUUAGCUACAUACACGUAUAUACCCCUGCUGACUUUCCAGUCUGAUGUAUCGAUCAGAUUUUGUUCAUUUGUAUAUACACAUUUAUGCAAGUGCAUAUUUUUUCUUAACUAGUUAUGAUGCAUGGGAUGAAAAUGUAUAAAAAGAGUUAAAAAAAAAAUGUGUAUUUACAAGACCAACAUUCGAUGCAUUAUAGGGAGAGAAUCGGUUAACUCAUUCAUAUACGUAUUCUAUUGACUUUUUUGAUUUUGAGUCUAAACGUUUGACUCUCGAAUUGAAUAUUACAAAAAAUUUUAAAAGAGCUUACAUAUAUUUAAACUAUUUAAUCAAUUCAAAUAUUCAUAUAUCUAAAAAUGCAUAUGCAUAUACAUAUAUCAAACCUAGGGGCAUCUCUAGACAUAUUUACUUUUAAAAUAUAAUCCCAAAUAGAGCGACAAAAUUUUAAGUAUAUACAUAUAAAGAAUAUAUUUUAGUUUAUAGAUAUAUAUUGAGAAAGAGGGCUAAGUUCAUGAAAACUAAUAUUUAUCCAAAUGAUAUUAUGACUCCGAAUUUUAUAGACCAAUUGUUACGAAAAACAACCACAGUUGAAUAACACCGAACAACUGUAUAGAAAAAAUGAUAUCCAACGAAAAGAAAUAUAAAGUAAAUUAAACAGAUGACUAUAUUUAAAAAAAAAACAUAUUACUAAAAACAAGCUUAAUAAACAUCCAAAGUCAUCUAAUAACAGCAAAAGAAAAAGGGCGCUUGUUUCAUUUACUUAUUUGUUACUUUGUACUUUCUCAAGCGAAAAAACCUUUUUUUUUGUUUUUUUUUUUUUGUUUAGUUCUGCUUAACAGGUACUUGAACAUACAUACACUUACCAUGACUGCGAAAGUCAUUACUAAAAUUAUUUUCUCUAUGUCUUAAAACUAAAUUGAACUUAAACCCUAAAACUAACGCCAAAUUUAUAACUCAAUUCAUACUUGUAAAGUCAUAAAAAAAAACUAAUCCCACUACAUCAGUUAUAAGAAAUGCUUCCGUUAUCUCAAUUCACUUAUUCGUAAACAUUCAGCUUUAGAUAUAGAUAGUAGAUUAAUCGAGUCUUACGAAUGUGCCAGUCAACGUCCAAAGUUAUUAAAAGAGUAUUUUCUUAACGCGCUCGCCCCUUGAUGGGGAGAGAAAGCACCUAUUAUGCUUAGAGUAGAUGGCUUUGGAAGUGGCAACUAAAACUGUAUGUAGGUAGUCGUAUGAAAAUCAACAUACGUAUGGUUACGAGUAGAGCUCACAAAAUACAAAUACAAACCAUUAUUGAAUUUGUAUUUUUUAGCUAUUAUUCUGGUACCUGUUAAGCUGUAGGAAACAUGUAGGGUUGCUUGUGAAAAUAAUUACAGCUCUGAAGAGUCAAUAUCGAUGUCUUCACCGGUAAGUAUGCUCCAACAAAUGUCAUAUUUCAUUUAUUUUCCAUUUAAAAUUUGCAAAUAAUUUAUGAAUCGGGCAUAGCCAAAAAUCUGCCCUUGAAUAUUAUAUGAAUUACGGUUAGAAGCCCACACCAUUAUGCAGCUCAUUGGGAUUCAUAUCUUACAAAUCUCUUACGAAAUUUAGUGUACGCGUAUAUACUAUAUAUUCUUAUACUUAUAUGUACAUGCUAUUUGGUAAAUAAACCAGUCAGUUGGUAGUUAUUUGGCUCAAGCAUUCGAUAAGGUAUGGCAUGGAGGAAUCAUACACAAAAAUUCCCCCUACACUCAAAGUAAAUAAUGUAAGGAUUCAUCAAUCAGGUGAAUUUAUAUACAUGCUCAUGCACCUAAAUAAACUGAAAAAACCAACCGAAUCCCCUACCAAACGUUUUACCCUACCGAACAACCCUUCAAAGGAAGAUUCAGACCAGUUUUUCGAUGAGCAGAGGUCUAUUUGUCGUCCAACACUAUUACUGGACUAAAGCUGUGGUACACUAGAUAUAAAGAUUCUAGAACUUAUUUGUAGAUUCUAAUUAGGCGGAUUCAAUACAGAGAUUUCUGUGCUGUUAUAAAAACAGUUAAACGAAAUAAGAUUUAAAAGCUACGCAAAAGUAAUCAGAGAUGCUUAAGCACCCUGUGCUUUUAAAGAAAAAAGUGCGUGAAAAGAAAGUUAAAUCACUUUUGUAUAAAACCAUAGUUUUGUUUAUUGAAGCCCUUACAGCUUCGAAACUUCAGUCAUCAGCUGAUUGGUUCGAAACCAGUUUGAACCACACUCACCGCAAAAAGCUAAACUCUCUCAUGACUUGAUCAAUUCUCUUUCGAGCCAACUCGUUUACUCGUAUGCGUAUUUAUAUCGAUCGUUGCUACCAACUAUGGCUUGGUUGAUGAAAACGAGAUUCAGUUGUAUUGAAACCGUCAAUGAACGACUUUCCGGCGUGGUCAGUGCUAGCGUUGUAUAUAGUUACCAAUUUUCACAACAAUGUGAUAGUGAAAGGAAGGAGAGACUUUUUCUUUUCUUUUAUGCUGCAAUUUUGUAUUAGUUUUGUAAAAUAAAUUCUUGAACUCAAAUAGGUAUAAAUAUUAGUUGGUUUAUUAAGGUAUACAGUAAAAUGAAAAUCUCUUGGAGAUUUCCGUCGUUAUUAGUCAUCGCUGCGUGUCUUUUGUCCCAUAAUGACGUUGGCGCUCAACAGCUCAUUGCGUAUCUCUCUCAACAUGGUCUUCAUGGUGAGAUUACCUUCCGCCAAGUUAACACAACAACCGUGGAGAUUAGAGCUAAACUAGAAACCACCCUUCAAUAUCCAGAUCAAGUGUGGAGCUGGAGCGUACGAAAGUUCCCAAUAGAUUAUAAUGACAUUGAUCCCGAAUCCCGUUGUAGUUUGGAAAAAUUGGGCGCACAAGUGGUGAGUUUUGAUGAAGAUCUCGAUUAUUUAGUUUUGCCUGGAAAUGAGACCGCCACCUGGUAUCGCGAUAUGACCUUAAUUGGCGAAAAGGGUAUUUGGGGCAAGUCACUAGUUUUAACCGAAGCAAAUUCACAUGCUCGCAUUUGUUCUACCAUCACCACCAUUCAAAUGUCGGUGGAGCAUAUGGCAGAGGCACGUUUUAAUACGCCUAUUGCGGGUUCCGUACAUUUUCGUUGGUUAGCUCCAUCAGAUGGGGUGGGAGGAGAUACACUGAUAUUUUCUGAUCUCUACCACAUUCAAGUUCAACCUUCUAAUGAUAAUCCCAGCAAACCCAUGACUCAUCAUAGUUGGAAAAUUUACGUUACUGAUAUAUUCAAAAACGAUCACCAUCGCACCGAAGAUAAUUGUAAUUUUUUGCAACUUGUAUUUGAUCCUCAAGGUUAUGGUGAGAAUAAGGGUAUAGGUGAUCUCGACGCCAGAUUGGGAAAGAUAAGUGUGGCGAAAAAUGCUUUACAAUCACCACAGCGUGCAAUUUACAGAGAUGAUAAGUUCCUACUACUGCCGUCAGAUUUAUCAAUACCACAUAGAACUCUAUACUUGGUUUUGUUUGAUGAUCAGCAUCCAGAUAAUUUCCUUGCCUGCACACAAAUUCGCCAUGUGGAGCCAUUGACAUACAAGACGUUUUUAAAGUCCGGUGGGAUAAAAGGUGAAAUGACAUUCACGCAGCGUUCGCGCUUCGAUCCCACCUUCCUGAACUUCACACUCGAAUCGGCGGGUAAACAAGGACGUUUGGUAAACCGUAAAUUCGCUGAAGAUGUCUCUGCAUUUCGCAUACACAGUCUACCGCCAGUGCCGCAUCGUAAAGGUUUGACGAGCUAUUGCGAAUCUUCUGGAAACUUAUACAAUCCUCGCGACCUUGAAAGGCAUGUAAUACCACCACCUGGAUUUGGUACUCAAGAUCAGUAUCCCAUAGGAGAUUUGAGUGGGAAAUUACAAAGUCGCAAUAAAGAUUAUUAUCACAAUUAUUUGUUGCCUGGAGCUAGUUCAGAGCUCAGUGGACUUUAUUGGGAUACAUUUUUACCCCUACAAGGGCUUCACAGUAUCGCACACCGUGGCAUGGUAAUCUUUACUUACAAUCGUACUAAUGCUGCUAACAUUACCGAAGCUCCUUGGAGUUGUGCGACCAUAACACAUUAUCAAAGGAAUGGGCUUUACCAGAAACCCAUGUUUACAGCGCAAGUACUGUUCCGUUAUCCGAUAGUGGGACGCGUACUCUUCCGACAACCAGCUGAAGAACCAUCGCAAGACACCACAGUCAUAUUUGAGUACUUAAUACAUGCCGACGGAUCCACACAAAAUAACACCUUUGACCAUCGUUGGGCAAUACACAGUAAUGCGCCUGGAAAAGAUUUUUAUGACUGGCAGAACCGAUGCCUUUCCACGGGCGGUAUUUUCAAUCCCCACAAAGUGCAGUGGGGAAAUCGAUCCGUUGACGAUUACUGCAAACCUCGCUUGCCAGCAAUGUGUCGAGUGGGAGCUUUAGAUACACGAGUUGGAACAUUGAAAAUAGCGGGAAGGAAGCAAAAUGCAGAAAGCUUGAGUCGAUUAAUGUUUACGGAUACGAAUUUACCACUGUCGGGAAGGCAUAGCAUAUUAGGGAAAUCAUUGGUGGUCUAUGAUGAUUUCGGUCCAAAGGCCCGAGGAGAACGUUUGGCUUGUUCCGUUAUUAUUGGACACUUCCGGCGUAAGGUAGUAGCGAAAGACUGGUAUGCUAAUGGAGAUGAGUUAACUGUAAACGGCCGUCUGGAAAUCACGCAGCAAUCAGAAUAUGACAUUAGCAAUAUCGAAGUGCAAUUGAAGGGCUUAAAUGAAAACAGCGGCUAUCACAUCCACAUGACACCUGUCGAAGCGAAUCUGGAAUUUCCGUGUGAAGCCACAACUCUAUAUGGACAUUGGAAUCCAUUCAAUGUGAAUGUCAAAUCAUCACCUCCUCCGCAACAAGGUACAACGGACCAAUAUGAAAUGGGCGAUUUGAGUGGUAAAUUCGGCACUCUCGAUGGUUUUACUCAGUACGAAGGUGUAUAUAAUGAUACCAACUUGCCACUUUUCGGCUAUAACAGUGUGAUCGGUCGCUCGGUGGUAAUUCAUAAAAAACGCAGGAAUGCCCGCUGGGCUUGCAGUACGUUGGAACGUGGUUACAGUCCCAGUGAAGCGCGUGAAAUUCGAGCCAUUGCCUCAUUUCAUCAUCCCACUGGCUACGCAUAUGGCUAUGUGAAAAUGACACAAUUGAUACAUAUCGAUGGUAGUCAAUCGGAGACGGUUAUAGAAGUCAAAUUGAGACAUCCCGGGAAAAACGAUCGAAAUAUGACCUAUAAUCACAACUGGCAAAUUUAUGUAAAUCCAGUGGGUGUGGAUGCGGCAGUGAAGCCAACAGUAACUCGUUGCGUGGCGGGUGGAUAUGUGUGGAAUCCUUAUUAUACCCAAUUGGCCGAUCCUUUAAAUCGUGAUUUGUAUGAGCAGGAAUGCGGGCCGGAUAACCCAUUACGGUGUUAUGUAGGUGAUGUGGGUGCACGGCUUGGCACGAUAAACCUGGGUGUAGAACGUGUUGUACUCACAGACUCGAACUUUCCGCUAGAAGGCCCUGUAGGUGCAAUUGGACGUUCUGUAGUCAUUUUUGGUCCUGAUCACUCUUCCGAACGUUUUGCUUGUGCAAACAUUGAACCAGAUCACAAUGUUUUCAAAUACGUCAAUUUGCAGAAACCACCGAGAUUCGUUGUCGCACAAUUUUUGGAAGAGCUACGUUCCGUUAUGGGCAUACCUGAAUGGAUGUUAGAUGUGGAUGCUCGGAAAACAAAAGAAUUACAUGGAGGCGCUUGCAUACAAAUGAUCAUUCAUUUCAAAGGACCAAUAGCUCAUCGACUGGAAUUGGAUAUGUCCAGACUCAUUGCCGCUGGUCGCUUAGAGGCUCCUAGCCUGUUCAUUCCCGGCUAUGUGAACACUAAGAGGAAGGCAACAAUUUCAUAUAGAACUUGCGGUGUGCGGGAUCCUAAUGAAAAACGCACUAAGUCAUUCUCCGGAAGCUUUUACAACAAUUCAUCAAGUGAAUCGCUGCCAAAAUUAUUUUUAAUUGCAAUUUUUAUAUUACUGAAUUUAUACUGAGCCAUAAAAGUUUCUUAACGACUUUAUGUGCACCCCGAUAUUGCUCAGAGUUGAUUUAACUUUUGUUAUUAUACCAAAUAAAAAAAUAUUUGUAAAUAAACAUAGACAAUUUAUUUUUAAAA